GCAACUACAAGGCUCUAUCGGGACAAUGUGCAUUAUCGUAUUUCGACGGGAAGAACCAUGCUUAGGAGCAUGUAUUUAUCUGCACUACUGAUAGCUCUCUGUUAGAUUCUCAACAAUCGACCCAACAACAUAAACACUGUGCAUGAGUUUCGAUAUGACUUGCCCACCAUGCCAAUUCACUAUUAAAGAAUGCGAAGUACCUCCGAAAACGCAUGACAUGUCUAGUGUUGGCGCCCACAUUGCGACAGAAAGCUGGUUACAACAGUUGAGUAGUGCUAUCCAAGCGGCUUGGCGGAAACGGCUUCAGGGAUACACAAAAGUCACGCUCGGCGGGAUUAACAAACAGGCUCGUAUCCGGUUUGGUUUCCAAGUCAAGCAAGAGAAGACGCACCUGAAGCUGAUACUACUGCUAUUAGUUCCUUACUCCUUAUGUCUGAGGACGAGGCUCCAGAUGUCCUUGCUCUGUAUGAUUGGUGCCAUUCUCUCUGUACCCACCACACAAGUUCACGACCCGCAAGACCCGUCAUCGAGUCGCUUUGAGCAGGAGGGUUUGAAUCGGAGGUUCCGAUGCCCGGACCUGAUUCUUUUACAUCUGCUCUGCUAGAAAAACUGGCAAACGCGGCAGGC